UGUAAAAACUCCCAGGCAGCGGGGAGUCGAGGCGCCUGUCAGGAAGGAAAACACACUGGAAUUAUUUUAAAUGAUUAGACCUGGAGGAUUUUUAAACGCGAGUUUUACUCUUAAACGAUCCAGGAGACUCUCCAGUGGACCUCCGUGUUUUUCCCAGCGUCCAGCGCCUCGUCGGAUCACCACUGCCUCGGAGGACUCUCGACGUGGCACGAACCCGCAACUGUGAAGCAGCUAUGCAGCUGGAAAUCCAAGUAGCACUUAACUUCAUCAUCUCCUACCUGUACAACAAGCUCCCGCGCAGGCGGGUCAACAUCUUCGGCGAGGAGCUGGAGCGGCAGCUGAAGAAGAAGUACGAGGGCCACUGGUACCCCGACAAGCCAUACAAAGGGUCAGGGUUCCGGUGCCUGCACGUGGGCGAGAAGGUGGACCUGGUGGUGGAAGAGGCGGCCAGAGAGAGCGGACUGGACAUCGAGGACGUCCGGAACAACCUGCCUCAGGACCUGAGCGUGUGGAUCGACCCCUUCGAGGUGUCCUACCAGAUCGGGGAGCAGGGGCCCGUCAAGGUGCUCUACGUGGACGACAGCGGCGAGAACGGCUCCGAGCUGGACCGCGAGAUCAGGAACAGCUUCAACCCCGACGCUCAGGUCUUCAUGCCCAUCAGCGACGCCGCCGCCGCGUCCUCCGAGUCCAGCUCGCCCUCGCCGCCGUUCGGCCAGUCCGCCUCGGUCAGCCCGACGUUCGUCCCGCGCUCCGCCCAGCCUUUAACCUUCACCACGGCGACCUUCGCCGCCACCAAGUUCGGCUCCACCAAGAUGAAGAACGGCGGCCGGAGCGGCGCCAAGGUGGCGCGUACGUCCCCCACCAACCUGGGCCUGAACGUCACCAGCCUGAUGAAGCAUAAAGCCGUUUCCGACUCCGUGCAUUCUCUCUACGGCCUCGGCCCCGGGGCCCAGCAGCAGCAGCAGCAGCAGAAAUCCUCCGCGCUCUCUCCUAACGCCAAGGAGUUCGUGUUUCCCAACCUCCCGAGCCCGGGCGGCUCCCCCGCCACCGCGUUCGGCGCCGAGAACCCGCUCAACCUCGGGCCCCUGCAGUACGGCAACGCCUUCGACGUGUUCGCCGCGUACGGGAGCCUGAACGACAAGUCUCUGGUGGACGGUCUGAACUUCAACCUGAGCAACAUGCAGUAUUCUAACCAGCAAUUCCAGCCCGUCAUGGCUAACUAACUAACUAACUAACUAACCAACCAACCGGUCAAAGGAGAGCGAAGGACGCGGAGACGGAAAGCGCCCGCGCCCCCUUGAGUCGGUUCUACUGAAGCUCGUCGUUCGUCUCCAAGCUUGGUCACGUUUUUAUUUUCCUAUUUUUGCCAACGAAGAGCACAAAUAAUAAUUUUUUACUGUUUUAAAAGGUCUGUAGUGUAUGUAUAGAUCAUCUAUAAUAUAUAAUAUUAACAUUUAUAAUAAAAUAAGGCUUGUUCUGGCCUAGUACAGUAUUUUCGUCGGAUACGACGGCUGAUUUCGGAGAGGAACGCUGGCGGAUUACGUGUCGCUCUUUUUUUCUAACGCUAUCGUUGAAUCGCGUACAGAGUUUGUAAACGAUCAGAGUAUAAAUAUAUAUAUUUGUUUCUAUGACCUGCUAAUGCAUUUAUAUCUUUUUACUACUCCAGUGAUCUGUGAUGGCUGCAGCAGCUUUAUGUUCUAUAAAUGAAUAUAAAUAUAAAUCUAUAUAUAUUUAGUUUUGUUAAACGAGGAGAUCCAUCGCUGAAGCGGACGCCGAUGUUUUAGAGCUGGUGUACAGGAUCGGAGGGUCGGAGCUUCGGCGCAGGAACACGUUCUGUUCUUUCUUUAUUUUUAUUGUUUUUGGUUUUUGGAAAACCAGAGCUGUAUUUUAUUUUCUGUUCAGAGUCGAAGAUUUUUAUCUAUCUUAAGGACGAUCAGAUCUGUUAUUAAUUUUUGUACUUUUCAUCGUGCAAUACUUGAUAAACUACGGUAUGACGAAGUAUUUUGAGUCGGCGUCUUACGUGCGGGGCGGGACUGAAGCGGUUUAUAUUGAGUUUGUAUUCCGGCGCUCGGGAAUAUGCUUGUCUUUAUUUUUUUCAUAUUUGCACCCUGAACUUUUUCAAUAAAAGCAAAAUGAGUCAA